AUGGAGAGAGAGCCUUUACCAACUCAAUUACCAGGAACCAACGUUACUCAGGACAACUUGGAAGCAUGGAUUACAGAAUGUGGUAAUGUUAAAGAAGAGAUAAAGAAUUAUGGGGCAAAAGAAAAAGAAGCUUAUCAAACCUGGCAUGAAUCAGUAGUACGGAAACUUGCACCUGGUUAUAUUGGUGGAUCAAAUACCUUACUCACGCCACAAAAAAAAAGUACAUUGGCCACAAAUGAUAAUCAAUUAAAUGAAUCCACACAUCAGACAGAAGUACCUGAACCUCCAAAAGAACCGCUUAAUGAUAUAGAUCGUGCGUUUUCUACAUUGGAUAUCAAAUAA